GUUCAGACCGGAUCGUCACAACAACUUCAACCGCAUUCAUUUUCGAGUUUGAAAUUUGUAUCGUCCCGACUAUUCAGAAUCUUUAAACAUGGCUAAUAUUAGCUUCAAAAUGACUUUGCUCAUCGUCGCUUUGAUGUUCUUGGCUGUGACUGUGGCGACAAAAGCCAAAGUUUACUACGGCCACGGUGCUGGUUAUGGAGGCUAUUACGGAGGCCAUUACGGCAAAGGUUAUGGAUACGGUCAUGGAUAUGGCGUUCCAACAUACGGUUACGCCAAAGGAUACGUGCCCGCCUAUCACAACGCAUAUGGCUACGGCUAUUAUUAAAUAUGCUGCCGAACCUGCUGACCACAUCAGUUGAUGACAACCGAAAUAAUUCAACCAUUUUAAUCUGGUGUGUCCCUAAGCUCAUAUGUACUCUUGGCCUGUGUGUUUUUAUUCGGCACUAAAUGGCCGGGCUUAGGUUUUUCUAUACCAAAUAAUAAACAGCAUUAAGAAAACGUAAA